AUGGAUCCUUUUGACUAUAACAGUACAGAGCGAGCCAGCCUACCAAGAAACAUGAUUGAGAACAGCAUGUUUGAAGAAGAGCCUGACAUUGUGGACCUGGCCAGAGACUCAACAGCAUAUCCAACCUUUCCGGCUCUUGACCCAGAUGAAGCCGUGUACGAGCCUCGCAGCUCUCGGCUAUUGGUCCGAGGGCUAGGAGAGAAUGAUGCAGAUGAUGAUGAAGAGGACUGUGAAUCUUCAGCCAGACUUCUGGGCAUGUCCUUCAUGAACCGCAGUGCCAACCAGAGAUCAAACCCCUCUCCCUACAUCAGACAAACUCCACCUAGAUCAUGUUCAGCACCCUCAGCUCGCACCAUGGUUGUUUGUGUGCUAUUUCUAGCCAUAGUGGCCUCCACGACUAUGGUUUUGUACUUUUUGCCCGGUUGCAACUUUACAAAGAGGGGAUGCCCUGAACAACAAAACAAUACGUCAAACAGCACUGAUGGUGAACUUUUCCCUUGGGCACAAUAUCAGCUCCCCCGUAGUGUACGUCCUCUCAGCUAUGACCUCACAUUGAGUCCUGACUUCAGCACCAUGGAGUUUAGUGGCUACACUGUUAUCAACAUGAUUGUACUUCACAACACCAAGCGGAUUGUCCUGCACAGUGCUAAUCUCAACAUUACCAAAGCUACAUUCAAGCUUGGUGAUGAGGCGAAAACUGAUGUCACCCUACUGGAGAAUAAGACAAGGGAGCAGAUAGCUGUUAAAUUCCCUGAAGAGCUGAAGGCAGGCCAGCAUUGUGUGCUGACUCUGAAUUACACAGCCAGGCUAUCUCACACCUAUGAUGGUUUCUACAAUAGUUCCUACAUAGAUCAUUCUGGAAAGAAAAGGGUCCUAGCUGCUUCCCAGUUUGAGCCACUGUAUGCUCGAAAAGCCUUCCCGUGCUUUGAUGAACCAUCAUUUAAAGCCACUUUUUUGGUUAAAAUUAACAGGAAACCAGAAUACAUGACCAUCUCCAACAUGCCUAAGGCAAAGAGCACGCACAUCGCCGAUGGCCUUGUGCAGGAUGAGUUUGCUAAGACCAGUGUCAACAUGAGCACUUACUUGGUGGCAUUCGUCGUAGGUAACUUCAUCCCUGCCAACAGAACCAUCUCUGACACUUUGGUUUCUGUGUACAGUGUACCAGACAAGAAAGAGCAAACUGGUUUUGCUCUAGACACGGUAUCCAAACUGCUGGAGUUUUACAAUGACUUCUUUGAAAUUAACUAUCCGCUUCCGAAACUAGACUUGGUUGCUAUUCCAGACUUCCUGGCGGGAGCCAUGGAGAACUGGGGUCUGAUCACCUUCAGAGAAACCAACCUGCUGGUGGGCAGGAACUCCUCUCUUAUGGAAAAACAAUUAGUUGCAUCUGUUAUUGCACAUGAGCUCGCACACCAGUGGUUUGGAAAUUUGGUCACAAUGAGCUGGUGGAGUGACCUGUGGCUCAACGAAGGCUUUGCCACUUACAUGCAGUUCACCUCACUGCAGACAGUACUGCCACAGCUCGACAUGGGCAACUUUUUUUUAGAUGUUCGAUUCAGAGCUUUGGACAAAGAUGCACUCAACUCUUCCCAUCCCAUAUCUACAGAAGUAAAUUCACCUGAGCAGGUGCAUGAGAUGUUUGACUCUGUAUCUUAUCUUAAGGGGGCUUCCAUUCUUCUGAUGUUGAAUGCCUCUUUGCCUGGUGACCAGCAGUUUAGAAAAGGUAUCAUUCAGUAUCUAAAACAGUUUGCUGGCUUAAACACAGACACCGACGAUCUUUGGAAUAGUCUUACAGAGGUAAAGGUCUCAAAUCAGCAUCUAAAUGUGUCAGAGAUGAUGAGGUCAUGGACAUCCCAGAAAGGCUUUCCGCUGGUUACGGUAUCCCGUAAGGGGGACGAAGUGACCUUAAAGCAGGAGAUUUUCCUACUUACAUCAGAAAACACCAAGCAUACCUCCAGCUUGUGGAAUAAUCCGGUGAUGUAUGUGAAUGACAGCUGUAGUUUGACCCCUGAGUGCAGACAGUUGUUCAUCCUGAAGACCAAAACAGAGACAUUUAAGGUUCCAGAAACUGUAAAAUGGCUUAAGUUGAAUUACAAGAACACAGGCUUCUACAUUGUUGACUACGGGGACAAAGGCUGGGAUGCUCUGACGAGCGCAAUGUCUGACAACUUCCAAGUUCUUACACAGGAAGACCGUGCCUCGCUGAUACACAACAUCUUCGCUCUCUCCAAAUUGGGACGCGUGUCCUUCCACCAAGUCAUUAGUCUCCUAAAUUACAUGCCUAAAGAGACUGAGAUGAAUCCUGUGAUAGAGGCCAUGCUGCAGCUAAAGGAAAUCUACCAGAUGCUGCAAAAACGAUACGAGAGGGGCCCUGUCAUCCGUAUAAGGUCAUAUAUUCUGAAUCUCUUUGGUGUGCUGAUGGAUAAGCAGACAUGGACAGAAGAAGAAAGUGUGUCCAAACAGAAAAUGCGAUCGGUGCUGUUAGAGAUGGCUUGUGAGCUGGAGCAAGAAAAAUGCACCCAGCAAGCAAAAGCCAUGUUUAAGAAGUAUAUUGAAUCCAACGGAACCUUCCAUAUUCCAGCCGAUCUGCAGCGUGUUGUAUUCAGUGUGGCAGCUCAGUCGGAUGAAGACUGGGAAAGUUUGUUCACCAUGUAUCAAUAUGCCACUUAUGACUCAGAGAAGCAAAAGAUGCUACAAGGAUUAGCAUCCACACAAGACACACAAAAAAUUGCGUGGCUUCUCAAGGAAGGUUUGAAUGGUAAUCUCAUCAAGGUACAGAACCUUGAAAUGCUCAUCCAUACGAUCUGCCAAAGUUAUGUUGGAAACCUUCUUGCUUGGGACUUCGUUCAACAGAACUGGAACCAGCUCGUAGAAAUAUUCUCCAUCGGUUCCUUUACAAUCCAAAAAAUCCUCAAGUCGCUCACCUCACAGUUUUCCACGCAGUCCCAUCUUAAUCAGGUGCAGUGGUUCUUCUUGAGUCUGAAGGAGCGCGGUUCUCAGAUGCGAAGCGUGCAAGCAGCGCUGGAAACCAUCCGACUGAACCAACGUUGGAUGGAGAGGAAUCUUCCCUCUCUUCGUGAAUGGCCUUAA